UAAAAUCACAAGCACCUUGCUCUCUCGCUCCCUCUCCCUCUCCCUCUCUCAUUCUCCGAUCUGAAAAUCACCCUACUGUAAUCUCCUGCUUUCACUCUUUACGGAUCUCUCUUCCUUAUUCUUUUCUAUUGUCGUUGCGAUCAUUCAAACCCUCUCACUUUUCGAUCUCUUUCUCCUUCUCUCUUUCUCGCUAGGGUUUCUGUCUAACGCACCCUAAAUCUCAUUCUUAUCUCAGAUUGCUUCAAAAUUGUUUGAAUGACCUUGCAACGACAGCUUAACCAUGACUUCAAGUAUGUUGACUGGAGAGCGAAGGUGGGCUUCUGCCAGAAGAAGUGGCAUGACAUCUUUGGGGAAAAUUGCUGUUCCUAAACCAAUUAACUUACCCAGCCAAAAGUUAGAAAAUCAUGGGCUGGACCCGAAUGUGGAAAUUGUUCCCAAGGGUACACUUAGCUGGGGAAGUAGGUCAUCUUCUUCUGCAUCAAAUGCAUGGGGUUCCUCGACAUUGUCUCCAAAUGCUGAUGGUGGUACUGGCUCUCCAAGCCAUCUUAGUGGCCGCCCUUCAUCUGGUGGGAGUGGUACUCGACCAUCAACUUCAGGUAGUGAUAGAGCCCAUGAAUCAAUUGCUAGUGCAUGGGGUUCAAAUUCUAGACCAUCAUCAGCUUCUGGAGUAUUGACAUCAAACAAGACAUCACUGGCAUCUUUACGCCCUCGAAGUGCAGAAACAAGACCUGGUAGCUCACAAUUGUCCCGGUUUGCUGAACCAUUAUCUGACAAUUCGGUGGCUUGGGGUUCAGCUGCAACAGCCGAAAAGUUGGGGGUUAAAUCCUCUAGGAAUGAUGGGUUUUCUCUAACUUCUGGAGACUUUCCAACCCUUGGUGCAGAGAAAGACAAUGUGGGAAAGAACACAGAGCCACAAGAGCACAGUUCUCAUGGUCAGCCCAAAAUGUCUUCAGGUGGGGUGGCCCCACUGAAAGAUAGAACUGAGACUUCUGUAUCUGGUGAUGUUUCUGUAAACGCAAAUGUGAGGAGUGGAACUGCAAAUUCAUGGAGAAGAGAUAAUAUUCCAUAUGGUGAAGAUGGAGGGCGGCCCAAUGUGGAGAAGUGGCAAGCAGAUCCUCAUGGACCCCAUCCAUACCCAAAUGCCGCUAUGCCGCCUCAGCAUUAUGAGGCUUGGCAUGGUCCUCCAAUCAAUAAUCAUCCUGGUGGUGUUUGGUAUAGAGGACCUCCAAUCAAUAAUCCAGGAGGUCCUCCAUAUUCUCCAGUUCCUCCUGGGGGCUUCCCCAUGGAACCGUUUCAUUUUUAUCGCCCUCCUAUGCCAACAACUGGGCUUCCUAAUCCACAGCCUGUUCCCCCACCGGGAGCGGGACCAAGGGCACACCAUUCAAAAAAUGGGGAUAUGUACAGACCUCCUAUGCCUGAUGCUUAUAUGCGCCCAGGUAUGCCAAUUAGGCCUGGAUUUUAUCCUGGUCCAGUGGCCUAUGAGGGCUACUAUGGGCCUCCCAUGGGUUACCGUAAUCCCAAUGAACGAGAUGUACCAUUUAUGGGAAUGGCACCUGGUCACCCUGCUUAUAACAGGUACUCUGGUCAGAAUGUUCAUGAUCCCAACAAUUCCCACCCUAGAUCCAGUGGAUAUGGUCCUAAUGGCAAAGGCUUGGCUUCAGAACAAGUAGAACCUAUGGGUCAUCCUCUUGAUGGUCGAGGACCAUACAGGGUGCUCUUAAAGCAUCAAGAUGGUUGGGAUGGGAAGGAUGAAGAACAGAAGUGGGAAGACACUGUAACUGAUGCAUCACAUGUUGAGAAGGGUGACCAACCAAGAGCGUCAUCAUGGGAUGAGGACUGGAGAGGAGAUUACAGAAAAGAUGAAGAGAUGAAUUUAAAACGAAAGGCUAUUGAUGAAGAAACUUCUUUUCAGACAUCUGACCAUGUUGGAGGUUCUUCUGUACCUGUCAAAGUUAAGUCACCUGAAAGUAUGGGAACAAAGGCAUUUGAUGACAUUUCAGUGAAGAAGUUGGAACAUCCAACUACUGUCUUACCAGAAAACCCUGCUGCCGCAAAAGGUUCCUCUUUGAUUCAGAAAAUAGAGGGUUUAAAUGCUAAGGCGCGUGCCUCAGAUGGUAGAUAUGAUCUCAUAUCUGUUUCCAGUAAGGAGGAACAAAAGAAUAAACCACAAGUUGUUAAUCAUGAGGCUAACCAUUCUGCCAAUGAAGCUGCUGCUAGUUCUUUAUAUCCUGGUAGAAGUCAUGCCAGUGGAAGUAAUAAUCCUGCUUUGCACGAUGGCAGUUUUUCUGCUGGAGAUAAGAGUGUUGAAUCAGCUGCUGCCAGUGGAACAGUUGUCUCAAGGAGAUCUACUCAUGCCAUGCAUGGUAGAACUGAUCAUCGUGGCAAAGGAAGAUUUAAUUCCCAAGAGGUUGAUGGGUGGCGGAAGAAAUCUCCAAUUGCAGACUCUCCAAGUGUAACAUGUGCUACACAUUCUGAAAGUUCUAUUGUUCACAUGCAAGAUCUGGCUCUCAAGGAGGCUGCUGAACAGUCUGCGUCAUAUCUUCAAGGGAAGGAUGAAGGGGAGUCCAUGCUACCCAUGUCUGAUUCCAAUGAUAGCGAAGCGCAGCGUGCUAAGAUGAGAGAACUAGCCAAGCAACGUGUCAAACAACGUCAGAAGGAAGAGGAAGAACGGGCGAGAGACCAGAAGGCCAGGGCUCUUGCAAAGUUGGAGGAUCUGAACAGACGUUCACAAGCAGUGGAAGUUUCAACCCAGAAGUCUGAGGUUUUUCUUAGUGUUGAUGUCCAGAAUAAACAAGAAGAAUCCCAGUCUCUGGUUGAAUCAAUUAAGGUUGCUAGCAAAUCUGGAGCAUCAACGUCAGGUUUGGUUUCUACCUCAAGUGAUGUGGCACAAAGUAGUGAAAGUGGCAGCAGCAGUAGAGUUGAAAAAUCCACUGUUUUGUCCAAUGAGCUCCUUCAAGAGAGACCAAAGAGUGGCCACAAGGAACCUGUUGGGAUGUAUAAGCAUAAUGAAUCUAUUCCCGUAAUACAGGAUGUUAAUGACCCUGUUCAUCAAAACAAUGCCCCUCAGGUAUAUGAAGGUAGCAUGUCUAGACAGAAGCGGGUAAGCUAUAAGCAGAAGAAUAUUCUGUCAGAAAGGAAUUCCUCUGAGAAGUUUAUCAGUACUAGCACAACUGAGUCACUGAAAGGCCAUACUGAUUUAAUAGUUAAUGCUGCCACAUCCAUUGAGGUUGUUACCGAUGAAAUUACCCCUAGCAGUGAGUCAAGUUUGCCUGGCAAUCCAAAUGUCAUGGUUGAGUCCUCUGUACAUCAAAAGAGGAGAAAUAACAGGAGUGGCAAGAAGCACAAAGUAGAAGAGGCUUUGUCUGUGACCGCCUUACCAGUAGUAACAGAAGCAUAUAUUAUAAACACUUCAAGUGAAAGUAGUAAGGCAAAGGCUUCUGAAUCUGAGUUGGAUCCUAACUCUGUUCAGUCACCGAUGGAUCCUAAAGAUGCAAAUCAGUCUUCUGAUAUGUGCUUGUCUUCACCAACCGAUGAAAACCAUGGAAGAGCAAAUAACCAGUGGAAAUCUCAGCAUCCUCGUAGGACAUCAAGAACACAAGCUAAUAAAUCAGGAGAGAAAUUCCAUACUAAUGAUGCUGUUGUCUGGGCACCUGUGCGGACUCAGAACAAAGUUGAGGUGGCUGGUGAUGCCAGUGAGAAAUCUAUGGUUGAGGUUUCAUCUGUAAAGAGCGACCAUCAAGUGCAAAAUAAUUCAAGAAACAAGAGGGCCGAAAUGGAGAGAUACAUUCCUAAGCCUGUAGCCAAAGAAAUGGCUCAACAAGGUAGUAUUCAACAGCAUAUAUUGAUUCCUUCGGUUGAUCAGACCACGUCACAUGAGAUUUUUGGUAGAGCAGAUUCUGGUUUUCCCGGUGCAGACAGUUCCCAAGCUGCUGGGUUUGCCAGUGGGAAGAUGGGGGUGGCUAUGGAGUCUAAAAAUGGGGAUAAUAGGCAGAAUAAACAGGGAAAAAUGCAUGGAUCAUGGCGCCAACGGGCUUCUUCUGACAUUGUGCAAGGGUUGCAUGAUGCACAGUCUUCGAAUGCCAGUAGGAAUGUUCAAAAAUCAAUUGAGCAUUCCCAACCCCAAAAGCCUGAUGUAAGCUCAGUGAAAGAGCAGCCCAAGUAUUACGAUGAUUGGGGUUCUGAUGGCUGGAACAUGCCUGAAAAUCCUGACUCUGCGGUACCACUUACUGUUCCUGUUGCAAAAGAUCAGGGAGUGGCAUCCAGAGGAAAGCGUCAUCAGUACAAGGGGCAGAAAGGCACAGGAAAUAAUCAUGAUCAUGAUCACAAGAAGAUCAAUAGCGCGGAUGCUGAUAAGAGUUAUGUGCAAUCUUCGGUACCUGUACCUGAGAUGAGUCAAUCUGACUUGCCUUCUGCUUCAAAAGAAAAUCGAACUUCUCAUUGGCAACCGAAACCACAGGCAUUUUCAGCCUCUAAUCAACAAGGGAGCCGGCCCAGCAGUGGUCAAACUGUAGGGACGGAAGUUGGGAGGGCUAAUAGAAAGGACUCCACUUCCCAAGGUGGGUUACAACAACCACCUCUUCCAGACAAGGAGACCAAUGAAGUUAUGGCUCAGUCUCAUCAUGUUCAGUCUGCAUCCCAUUCAAGCAAACUGGAAGAAGCACCAAAUGUUGGCAAUCAAGAACCCAAGAGAGAAAGGAGGAUAGCAUCAGUAAAAGGACGCCCCCACUCCCCAAACCAAGGUCCUGGUAACCAGGUUGAAACAGCUCCAUCAAAUACAGAGAUUCGACAUGAGCAACGCAUGCCUUCAGGGUUCCGUAGAAAUGGAAAUCAGAGUAGCCGUUUUGGCAGGGGGCAUGAAUCUCGUGGAGAUUGGACUUCAUCUGCACAAGAUAACAAACAACAUAACCAACCUAUCAACAGGGAGAGGCAGAGACACAAUUCACAGUAUGAGUACCAGCCUGUUGGACCUUACAAUCAUAGUAGUAGCAACAGGGGAAACAACUAUGAAGGACCAAAAGAUGCCCCUAAUAAUGCAGCAGGGGGAAGGUAUAGGGAGAGGGGUCAGAGUCACUCAAGGCGCGGUGGGGGGAACUUCCAUGGAAGGCAAAGUGGUUGUGUUCGAGCAGCAGAUGGUAGUUAUGAUUAGUGAAGAAAAUAAGCCCAGAUGGGUGGUUUAUUGUAUGGUCAAAAAUCAAAUCCCAAUGAAGUGUAGUGGCUUGAUCCCACAAGUUUUCAGGUAUUGUAGUUGAGGUCGCAUUUUGAAUUGUAGAUAUAAACUAAAACUAAAUCAUCUUGGAACUGAUGGUUGUGAAUUUAGCAGGAGGCUUAGGAGGAAAGCAAAGAUUGUGCUAGACAAAAAGAAAUAGUGAGUUUGAAUGGAGGUACAUGGAAGUGGAUGAUUUCUUGCCCUUAUUUUUUAAAAUGUACCUGAUAUGAGAACAACAUUGUAAUUUGGUCAUGGUUGGUGUUACUAUGGAACUUUUUUGCAUUUUCAUUGAGCCUUGUAUUUAGUGAUUAAUAUUUCACGUUGCUCUAAUUAUGGAACACGAAUAGAUAGGGGGAAUGAAGUAGAGAAGAAGUUUUCUGGUUCUCCCA